UCGAGAUUGCAUUAUUAUGUUAGUCACCGGCCGGUAGCUUUCAGUAUUAUGUCAACAACGUUCUUGGCUCUUCUACCAACAAUUUAGUGUCUUUGGGCCAAUUGGCGGCACUGAUAUCCACACUCGCCAUCGUCUUCGCUGAAGGCACUGCGUAUUCGCGUGACACAGUUGAACCCAUAACACGUCCGCGCGGCACGCAAGCUCGGGGGCGCCAGUGUAGAAUUGCACAACAUACUGACAACUGGGCCCAAGGAUAUGUCAGAUUCGAAGCAAAUGGAACAAUCAGAAUCAAGGAAGCGAACUCUUUCAGAACUGGGUGGCGAGUCUGAUAACAGUGGCUCUAUGACGAGUUCUCGAAAAGUAGCCAAGACACAUCCAUUCUUCACCAAACCUAGCGCCAGCAGCUCCACGGUGUCCUCAUUCCAAUGGCUGAAACCUGCUCUAGGCCCGAAGCGCACGUGUCUGCACGGAAUCAAUCUGAUACCACAAAGCACGUCGAAAGUAGCUGCAUUCGAUCUUGAUGGAACAGUGAUCAAGUCAAACCACAAAAAUCGAAGCAAGGAAGCUGCGUUGCACUGGGAAUGGUGGAGAGCUAGUGUGCCAGUGAAGUUGGAGGAAUUACACCGAGAAGGAUACUCAAUCAUAUUGAUAUCCAAUCAAGCAUUAAAGCAACAGCAUCUGGAGGACUGGAAGAAGAAGAUUCCCCUUAUCUCGGCUGCUCUUCCCAGCGUACCUUUCCGAAUACUCGCUGCGUCUGCCAAAGAUGGCUUCCGCAAGCCUAUGCCAAGGAUGUGGGAUGAGCUCGAACAUAUUUUUGCAAAAGACGGUGUUCAGAUAGAUAAUAACGCUUCAUUCUUUGUUGGAGAUGCUGCGGGUCGUACUAACGACUUUGCAUCAACUGACAGGAAAUGGGCGAUUAAUAUUGGUAUUCCGUUCUAUACCCCAGAAGAAUAUUUUCUCCAACUGCCCUCAGCGCCAUAUACCCUUCCCGGAUUCCACAUUUCUAGUCUCCCUAAAUUACCAUUACUUGAACCCCCUACGGCACAAAUCAUUCCUGAUGCCGCAGGGACUGAGCUAGUCGUAUUUUCGGGCUUUCCAUGUCUCGGAAAAUCGACCUUCUUUCGAAGGCAUUUUGCGCCUGUUGGGUACACCCACAUCAACCAAGAUACAUUAGGCAGUCGUUCCAAAUGUAUGAAAGCAGCUGAAGUAGCACUCACAGCCGGUACAAGCUGCGUAGUUGACAAUACCAAUAGAGAUAAUGCAACUAGAAAGCAUUAUUUGGAUCUUGCGAAGAAACUUCAGAUUCCUGUGCGAUGUAUUGAGUUCGUUGGUUCAAUGGAUCUGGCAUGGCACAAUAACCUCUACCGCGCAUAUGUUCAUCCUUUAAUAGAGUCGAGACGCGACAUCAUACCAUACGUUGCUUUCAUAGGCUACAAGAACCACUACGAGGAACCCCAACUGACGGAGGGCUUUUCAGAAAUAAUAAAGGUCAAUUGGGUGUUCCAAGGUUCCGAAGAAGAACGAAAGAGGUGGAGUAUGUGGCUUCAGAUUGACGGGAAAUGAAAGUCCAGUACAAUAAUUAUUCGUAAUAUUGAGCUUGAGAAUCUUCUAGUUACAGAAGGGUGCAGUAUCAUGCUCGUUAUGCGCUGAUUCCGUAUUAUUGCCUCGAAGUAACAAGUUGCGAAAUGCAUAAUCAUUCUACUCCUCUUGUUGUACAAGUCCACUAAGAUUCUUCGUUGCGCUUCACGGUGGUAGCGUUAUUAUACAUGAAGAUAACACCUGAACGUAAACAACUUACUGGACAAGCGUACCCAAGAUGUCAAGUGCAUCGAUUCUGGUAUUAUCGUGGUCAGAUUCGAUGAGGAUCUGUUCGGUAUGCCGUAAGGGUAAGGUCGAGAACCUCUCAUGAGAUGGAUGGUCAGGGCUCAGGACU